GAGCUGCUCGCAAUCUGCGGAAUCAGCAACUAUAGCGAUAAUCCUAUUAAGCAACAUAUCCUUAGCAUUUCUAACUUCAUCCGCCAAAUAAGGCAGCAGGUAGGAAUAACAGAUCUACUACUACUUCCUACUCCUAAAGCUAGUCCGGAUCCUAAAGUAAAGCGCGGCUCUUAUCGGUUCCUCCCUACGGCUAAAAAACGAAGUAGAGCGGACUACACGGGGCUAGACGUACUAUCUUAUAAGAAGAAAAGGAAGAACAAAGUUAAGGCGAAAGAUAAGACUACUCUUAAAGAAAUAUCUAUCAUCGAAAAUAUACUUGUAAAUUGUAUUAAGCUUAACGAUCCACUUAGAAGAUACGGACACCGUUCAAAGAAGGCAAUUAUGACGACGAAAAGUUUUGUGGAUAAUAUAGUCAAGUUGCAAUACCCCGAUGUAAUCAAGCAGGAGAAUGUAUUCUCUAUAAGCAAAGGCGCCGAACUCCUUGACCCAAAGGAUUUGCCAACCUCCAAAGGCCCUCUUGAUGAAUUCACGAUGGCCGAGAAGGUCGCUACCGAGCGCUUUAUAAGGGAAAUGGGUUAUGGACUUAGCCUCGCUGAUUAA